CCUAUUAAUUGUGAAUUGUGAUCUAUUACAGUGAAUUUUAGUGUACAGAUACUAAUAGACGUAAAAAUAUAUGAAUUAUUCCAAUAAAAAUAUUAUAGUUAAAUAUUAUUAUAUUUCAAUUUUUGAAAAUUAUUGCGUUAACGUUGCUGGGAUUAAUAUCUUAAUUAAGUGAUUUGAACAUCAUAUGUUACUAAAAUGAAAGUUGAAAGCAAACCGCUUCGUUAUGCACAUGCUGAGGGGCAUACUGAUGUGUGUUACAGUGAAGAUGGCAGACAUAUAAUAACUUGUGGUCACGAUGGAGAUGUAAGAGUAUGGGUGGAUAUUGAAGAUGAUGAUCCCACAUCACAUUGUGUUGGAGAAAGUGCCUUAGCAGUGUGUUUCAAAGAUAAGAGACUGUAUGUAGCAACAGAUAAUCAUGCGGUGCAGGCAUACACGUUUCCUGCGUUUGAUAAAGAUGGUAUUAUUACGAGGUUUACUGCACCAGUUACACAGAUUAUGUCUUCGCUUAAGAUUGAAGCCCUUGGCUGUACUUCAGAAAACAUGGAAGCCAAAAUCUGUAGCUUAGAGGGUGGCGCACCAUUAUUUGUUAUGUCUGAUCACAAAGGCCCAGUCUUGAGUAUAGCAAUAUGUCCUCAUAUGAAAUAUGCAGCAACUGCUUGUGGCGAUGGUGCUAUGAGAGUUUGGGAUAUUGACACUCAGAAAAUGGUCAAAGAAGUUUCAUGUGUGCCUAAAAUUAAUACUUUUUAUGCAGCAAAGGUUUUAUGUCGUAUGGAUUUUGAACCAACUGAGGGAAAACAUCUAGCAUAUCCUAAUAAUAAAGAAAUAAUUUUACUAGAUUGUGAUAGUUGGAGUCAAAGAAUGACAUUUAAUCAUAAUUUGAUAAAAUGUGCAAUAUCCCAAUGUUUAUUUUCACCAUGUGGACAAUAUUUAGCUGGUAGCACAGUGGCUGGUCAGAUAGCCGUGUGGGAAGUGGAAACGGGAACAUGUAUGGGAAUUAUUGAACAUCCUACUUCACAUAAUGUUUCCUCUAUGGCCUGGAGCCCUAAAGGUAAUGGAGUAUUAGUAUACUGUGAUGUUGCUGGUCAACUGGGAAUGUUGGUUAAUUGUUAUGGCAAAGAUAGCUCGAAAUUUGGUGAUGCUGAAUCUGAGGAUAUUGAAACAGUGGAAAGAAUGGAUGAUAACGACGAAAUAGUCGACGAUCUAAUCCAAAACUACGAAAGCGAUGAUGACAAUGCAAUAUCGCUGGAGAAGAUAAAGAAUGAAACUCUCGGUUUGGUAGAGGACUCUCGACCAGAGUCUCGAGUGACGGUGGCUGCUGCGGCAUCUACUGUUCCUCCACAGCCUCCGUUCCAACCUUCUGCUACACCUGCACACCUUGAACAUAGGUACAUGUGCUGGAAUGAUGUAGGCAUUGUGCGCUGCCAUUCUGGUGAAAAUGGAGAAUCUACGAUUGAUGUGGAAUUCCAUGACUCCAACCUGCAUCAUGGAAUACAUUUGAAUAAUUAUUUGAAUCAUACCAUGGCCAGUCUAUCUAGUAAUGUACUGGCUUUGGCAUGUGAAACGCCUAGUAAACUAGUAUGCAUAUCACUAGUCGGUAGCAGUAAGGAAUGGAGUGUCUCCUUACCUGAUACUGAGGAAAUACUAUGUGUGUCGGCAGCUGGCCUUGUUGCAUGUGCUACGAAUGCGAGAUUAUUGAGAAUCUUCACGCCUUUGGGAACUCAGAGACAGGUGCUAUCGUUGUCAGGGCCAGUGGUAGCUCUAGCAGGCUUUAACACAACAGUAUUUGUGGUGUAUCAUCAUACUGACCCUGGUCAUUCAGAUCAGCAUCUAGCUAUGGAUAUCAUUGCAUUUAAUGGUCGACAAGUACGCAGCAAAACAGUCCUUCUACCGCUCACACCAGGGUCGAAACUCGCUUGGCUCGGUACAUCAGAUGUAGGUUCACCAUGCACUUGCGAUAGUACGGGAUUGGUCAGAUUGUAUGACGUCACGAGUGGAGUGUGGAUGCCAAUAUGUGAUACGAGUAACCAUUCUAAAGGAUUGUCCGACACGUGGUUUAUUGUUUCGGUAAAUGAGCAAACGCAAAAAGUAUGCGCUAUAUUGUGCAGAGGCGCGUCAUUCCCACUGACUGCGCCGAAACCGAUUGUGGCUGAAUUACCGAUACAGAUCCCCUUGUGUGAGUUGGAAACCGAGAAAAGUCAGUAUGAAGAACAACUGGUUCGCUGGGCGCACACUUCUUCUGAAGUGGAUGUUAAGGUUGCUAGAGAAACUGCACUCAAAUUGUUUGCUCUUGCAUGUCGCAGCGAAAUAGAACAGAGAGCAUUAGAACUUAUGGAGCUACUCAAAGAUGACCGCCUCCUUCCAUUAGCCGCUAAAUACGCGUCACGUCUUGGCCGAAUGCAUUUGGCCGACAAGUUGUCCAAUCUGGCCGACACGUGGGAGCGGGAUGCCGACAGGUUGAAUGUCGCUCAAAAUUCGCACUUCCAAGAAUUAGACACCCAAGAAACGUAUGACGUCACGAGCACGGAACAAGAUUUAAAUGCGAGCCUUAUUUUGCCGCAGAAGACGGUUAAGAAAAAAGUUGAAACCAUCACACCUAUAAAACCAGUUCCAAUAAAAUCAUCACCGGGCGGAGCUCGGAACCCAUUCAAAAAGCAACAGGAUUCAUCGAAAACCGUGCAAAGUCCACUAGCUUUAACUGAACGUACUUUAGUGGAAGUACAUUCCACAGCCGAAACUGAAAAUGAUGAUCCACUAAAACCGUUAGAAGGGGAAACAUUCGUAGAUUGGUUUUCACGAAACAAAUCAGCUUUAGAACAGCGGAAUCCUGAACUAACGCCCUCUGAAUUAACUCGGCAAAGUAUAAGGACGUUUAAGAGUUCGCAAAGUAAACCCACCGAGAGUAGUCAAAAGCGAAAACUGGACGAAAGCAUGGAAGAGACACCAGUGACGAAUGCACCAAAACAAUCCAAACUCAGUGCCUUUGCUUUCCAGAAGAAGAAUUAAGUGGUAUUUAUAAUUUGAGUACCUAUCAAAAAUAUUAACUAGCAGUCCGCCCCAGCUUCGCCCGUGGUACAUAUUAACGUUUUCUCUACAUAAGAACCAUCCUCGUACUUCAAGGGAUAUAAUAAAAAAAAAAAUUGUCGAAAUCGGUCCACCCGUGAUGCCGUGACAACGCGAAACGGGUUUCAUUUUUAUAUAUAUAUAGAUAAGGUUUUCCGAACAGAACUGAAAGACUUUAGUGUUUGAAUAUUUGAGUUUUUACAAAUUAGAGCAAGCAAGUCAAGUGAUAACAUUGUAAGUUUGUAACUAUGAUGUGCAAAUGUUUUUUUAUCAGUAAGUAAUGUUUUGGAAAGUCACAUUAACUAAGUGUUAUCAUGUUAAUUAGCUGUUUGUUUUAAAUACGGAUAAAUGGAAGUAAAAGUUUUUAUUGGUAUGACUGUUUAAUUAAUUUAUACUUUACACUUUAUGUACAUAGCAGUAAGUAAGUCGUAAUAAAAAGGUAAAAUUUUAA